AUGGUUAAAGCUGUUGUUGCUGGCGCGUCUGGCGGCAUUGGCCAGCCUCUGUCAUUGCUCCUGAAGCUCUCCCCGCUCGUUGACGAGCUCGCCCUCUACGAUGUCGUCAACACCCCGGGUGUCGCUGCCGACCUGUCACACAUCUCCUCCAAUGCUAAAACCGCUGGCUACCUCCCCGCCAACGACGGUGCCAAGACUGCUUUCAAGGAUGCCGACAUCAUCAUCAUCCCGGCGGGCAUUCCCCGGAAGCCUGGCAUGACCCGUGACGACCUCUUCAACAUCAAUGCCGGCAUCGUCAAGGGCCUCAUCGAGGUGGCCGCUGAGGUCGCCUCCAAGGCCUUCAUCCUGGUCAUCUCCAAUCCCGUCAACUCGACCGUCCCCAUCUCGGCCGAGGUCCUCAAGACCAAGGGCGUCUUCAACCCGCAGCGCCUGUUCGGCGUUACCACCCUCGACAUUGUCCGCGCCGAGACCUUCGUCGCCGAGAUUGCAGGCAAGAGCAACCCCCACGAACUGACCGUCCCCGUUAUUGGUGGCCACUCCGGCGAGACCAUCGUCCCCCUAUUCAGCAAGAUCAACCCAUCCGUUACGAUUCCCGAUGACAAGUACGAAGCUCUUGUCAACCGCGUCCAGUUCGGCGGUGACGAGGUCGUCAAGGCAAAGGACGGUCUUGGAUCUGCUACCCUCUCUAUGGCGUAUGCCGGUUACAGGUUCGCUGAGAAGCUCCUCAAGGCGACCAAGGGAGCCAAGGGUCUCGUGGAGCCCAGCUAUGUCUACCUUCCCGGCGUUCCGGGCGGCAAGGAGAUCGCCGAGAAGACCGGUGUCGAGUUCUUCUCGGUUCCCAUCGAGCUAGGCCCCAACGGCGCCGAGAAGGCCGUCGACAUCCUUGGUGACAUCACCGACAGGGAGAAGAAGCUGCUCGAUGCUGCAGUUGCAGGCUUGAAGGGCAAUAUCAAGAAGGGCAUCGACUUUGCCCACAACCCUCCCCAAAAGUGA